AUGAUACGGGAAUGUUUACGAUUCUUCUUCGUCACGCUAAUGACGUUUCUUAAUGUAGUCAUCGCUCGGAAGCUGCAACUGAAUAAGAUACGACGGCGACGUCUCGUGCGGCGUUCACAACCAUCGGAUCCGAAUUCUCCAGAGAAACCGAUGAUAAACUGUAAUAAUAGCCCUGAUAGCAGUUUUCAAGUAUACGAAGAGAAUCAAACUUGGUCCGAAGCUUUUCUGAGAAGAAACUUACUGUGCUCAUGGUUGUGA